AACCUCAGCAAAGUAGUACAUUUUCGAGCUGCCAAUACUGAGAUCUCUGACGAUGGGCGUGCGGGUUUAGGUAAGCUUCGCGGGAAGCGCACGUUAGCAUCCGAUCGUUUCCGGUGAUGCUCGGGGUACUGUGCGCACGACCCAAGCCUUGGAUCCUCACUUCACUUUCCUUCUUCGCCCACGGCUCGGCGGCUCACCACCGUCUCGUCGGAGGCCCCGUGAGACUAGUCCGCUGCGCCGGCGGAGAUCAGCCUCGGCGCCACCACUCUAGCGCCUGCCGGCUCGGCGGCUCUCGCGGCGGAGCGGCCUCCAUAUGGCACGCGAUACUGCCUUCCGCCGGCGGCCGCUGGGGGAAUAUCCGCCCGGCGUUCCACCAGGGAGAGGGGUCGUGGAACGUCGCGUGGGACGCGAGACCGGCGCGGUGGCUCCACUGGCCCGACUCGGCUUGGCUACUUUUCGGCGUCUGUCCCUGCCUCUCGGCGCCGCUCGACUUGCCCGAUGUGAAUAAUGACUUUGCUUCCAGCGAUGUCAAAAUCGACGCGUGUGGUACGGCCGUAAUAAGCUCCGAUGAGAACGAUAAGAGCAAUUACCGAGUCACAGGGGUACUAGCAGAUGGUCGAUGUCUAUUUAGGGCGAUAGCUCAUGUGGCUUGCUUGAGAAAUGGAGAAGAAGCACCUGACGAGACUCGUCAAAGAGAACUAGCUGAUGAAUUAAGAGCUCAAGUUGUGGAUGAGCUUUUAAGGAGGCGGGAGGAGACGGAGUGGUUCAUCGAUGGAGAUUUUGAUGCUUAUGUGAAGAGAAUGCAGCAACCUUAUGUGUGGGGUGGAGAACCCGAGUUGCUAAUGGCUUCUCAUGUUCUUAAGACACCGAUAUCUGUCUUUAUGGUAGAUCGUAGCUCAGGUGGCUUGGUAAAUAUAGCAAAUUACGGUGAAGAGUAUCAGAAAGACGAAAUAAGUCCGAUAAACGUUCUGUUUCACGGGUAUGGACACUACGACAUAUUGGAGUCGAUCUCAGACCAGACUUUUCAGAAAGUAGAAGCAUAGAUUUCAAGCAAUAUUUUGUUUGUUUUUUUUUUUUUU